UAUUUGGGCUAUCUCCUGACUCGGCAUCUGCAUUUACGCCAAUGAUCGUGACUGCACAUGCGUCAGUCGCUCUGUGGGGUCAGGUCGACGCAAACUCAGAUGCGAUGAUACCUCUCCAAGGUAUAUCGAAAAUUUCCUCAGGAGAUGCACAGAUGUUUGCUCAAGAAAUCGCACAUGGCAUGAAGACCAGCACUCAAUUCAGCACGUUCGUGCAUCUGCUUCAAUGUGAAAACAACUUCUCUAUGGCAGCAACACAAACUUAUCAUUUGGAAGGCACAAGGCGCGCUGAACUUCUCCAGGUGGCGCACCAUCUUGCAUUUGCGUAUAACGGGCCUGAUGCUGCCAUAUCGGUGAUAGCCGACGUUCUCCAUGUGGUCUCAUCCACAAAAGAUAGCGUUCCGGCAUCGCCUUCAGCCACAGCUGUUUCUGUGACUCUGCGUCUUCUUUCAGCUCACGUGCGUCAUGCAGUUUGUGAAUCUCGCGAAGAUACCAUCAACUUCGGUGAUGUUGGCACAAUUGAUACUGGGGUGAACAAUAGAUUAUCGCGUGCGGGCCAGUUGAUGGUACAUGCGAUUGAUGCUGCCGUCUUGCUGAUUAAGAGGACAAGCCGAAAGGCUAACGCGAUGCGGUCACUCAGGCUAUCGCAUCUCUCGGCUGCGGAGCUCACAGAUAUUAUCUGUGCCGUUAAUAUCUCGCUGACAUCUCUUUCUUCAACUUGUAUGUGGAAGUCUUUGAGAGUGAAACCAAACGCUUCAAAGCGGGGCAAACUUGACGAUGCACUUCAAGCAGUGUAUCGCAGCAGCGGCAAGCUUGGCGCAAUUAUGGAAAGUGCUGCAUGUGAUGGCAGCUAUUCUGCAUCCGUUGGGCGCGAAAUUGAUUAUCUUAGGUCAAAUCGUGUCUCGCUUCGUGCUGCUGCGUCGCUUCGCGGUGGUGCCCGCCUCUACGAACGUUCAGCCGAGGAUGAUGCAGGAAAUGCUCUGCUCGCCGAUAAUCACCGAAGCGCUCGUCAAAAAUUCCGCAAAGCCCACUGGGUUGAUUUCGCAGCUGAAGAGCCCUCAUCGGAUGACGGGGCGGGAGAAGGAGACGACGAUGACGGUGACGAUGAUGAAAUGUUUUGUGUCCGACCCAACGGCGAUGGGAUCCAAGGUUGGGACAUGGCAAAUGACAAGUCCCCGGUAAGACGUGGCAGAGAUGAAACCAAAUUUAGAGCAGAGUAGCUUUAGAUAUAUUGGAAAAUUAGAGACUUUUCC